UAGUUUCGAGGGCUUUAUUUUGAGAGGGCGUCGUUUCUUCCGGCGGAAGUUUGUGAUUCUUCCUGUCCAAGCUAAACUUUCGCUUUGCACUGAGACACCAGGAUUAUGGCCACGUUUUUCGGAGAGGUUUUGUCGGUCUAUUCCCGUGCUGUGGAUGAGGACGAAGAUGAGCUGGAUGAGAAUGAAGAAGACGAACAAAUUCGCAGAGAACUGGAGGAGAAGAGAACUGUUCAUCUCCACUGGAGCCCUGAAAUAACAGAGAUGUUGAGAGCUGGAAACAAGCUGCAGUGUUCCAGGUUCAUCCUGGCUGUGGGACAUAAUGCUGCUAGCUUCCUGUCAGCGUACGUUCUCGCCUCUGCAAACUGGGACGCGGUCGGACGUGCGGUGGCGUGGAACGAGAGAAGCCGGUCUGCAACUGGGCAGAGCGGCGAGGAGUCGGCAUGUGUUUUCUACAGACACAAGGAUGACCCGUCAGUUUUGAUAUGCCAUGUGACUUGCUACAUUGCAGAGGACCAGCUGUUUCAGUGGACAGAAAAGGUGUUCGACUGCCUGCAGUCCAGAGAGCUCACUGUGACUGUGCUGUCAGAUCGCUCUGUGGCUGAAUACAAGACAGCAGAGUACCUGAGCAGCAGCUCUGCUCCCUUCCUGCGGUCUCUUCACUCCAGUGCGUUCAGCGAUCAGCCUGUCUGCCAGUCACUGGAGCAGCCCAACAUCAUUACAGGAUUUCCAGCUGCAGUCCUGAACCACUGCCAGGUCAACCGCAUCGCUGCUGUUGUUUACCAUUGUUACAAUGAUGUCAGCGGUCCCGACUCCGUCACAGUGGAGACCUACAGGCCGGUGCUAAGCAAGCUUGGCAGGUCCAUACAGGCGGACUGUUCCCCAAGCGCAGACGUCCUCCGCAGAUUUAUCAGAAGCUCUGAAAUUCAGAGUAAUCUUUAUAUCUGAAACAAUCGACUGUGUGAUUCAGUUUAAUCAAAUGUGAUGAAAUACUGUCUUUUUAAAAAAAAAUAAAGAUAUUUCCUCAACAGAA